AUGGAAUAUAGACUUGAGAAAGAUUCACUUGGAGAAGUUCAAGUACCAAAAGAUGCAUAUUAUGGAGCACAAACUAUGAGAGCUACAAAAAAUUUCCCAAUUACACAUCAUAAAGUUGAUCCAGAUUUUAUUCAUGCAUUUGGAUAUGUUAAAGAAGCUACAGCUUAUGCUAAUUGUGUUGAUGGUAUUUUAGAUAAAGAAAAAGCAGAUUAUAUUAUGAAAGCAGCACGUGAAUUAGCAGAAGGUAAAUUUGAUGAAUCAGUUGUUGUUGAUCCAAUUCAAGGAGGAGCUGGAACAUCACUUAAUAUGAAUUGUAAUGAAAUUAUUGCAAAUAGAGCAUUAGAAUUAAUGGGACAAAGUAGAUAUCAUCCAGAUAUUAUUUCACCAAAUACUCAUGUUAAUAUGUCACAAUCUACUAAUGAUGCAUUCCCAACUGCUUUUCAUAUUGCAGGAUUAUGGAAAAUUGAUAGAUUAAUAGAAGAAAUGAAACUUUGUUAUGAAGAAAUUGAAAAGAAAGCUGUUGAAUUUAAUGAUUAUUUAAAAAUGGGAAGAACUCAUCUUCAAGAUGCUGUUCCAAUUAGAUUUUCUCAAGAACUUAGAGCAUAUAAUUGUAUUAUUAAAAGAGGAUGGGAAAGAUUAGAAAAAUCUAAAGUUGCAUUUGAAGGAAUUAAUAUGGGAGCAACUGCCGUUGGUACAGGAUUAAAUGCAGAACCAAAAUUUAUUGAAGCAGUUACAACAAAAUUAGCAGAAAUUAGUAAAACAAAUGUUAAAAAUGUUCCUGAUCUUGUUGAUGGAACUCAAAACUCUGAUUGUUAUCUUGAAGUUCAUGCUGCUGUUAGUAUUAUUGCAUGUUGUAUGAGUAAAGUUGCUAAUGAUCUUAGAUUAAUGACUUCAGGACCAAGAUGUGGAUUAGGUGAAAUUUUAUUACCACCAAGACAACCAGGAAGUUCUAUUAUGCCUGGAAAAGUUAAUCCAGUUAUUGCUGAAGUUAUGAAUCAAACUUGUUUCCAAGUUAUUGGUAAUAAUACUACAAUUAUGUGGGCUGCAGCUGCUGGACAAUUUGAACUUAAUGUUAUGGAACCAGUUAUGUUUUAUGAUCUUCUUACUUCACUUGAAAUAAUGAAAAAUGCAUUCUUUACUUUUAGAACAAAUCUUGUUCAUGAUUUAAAAGCAAAUAAAGAAAGAAUGCAAUGGUUUGUUGAUAAUUCUGUUGGAGUUAUUACUGCUCUUAAUCCACAUGUUGGUUAUGAAGUUGCUGCUGCUACUGCUAAAGAAGCUAUUGCAAGUGGAAGACCUGUUAGAGAUAUUAUUCUUGAAAAGGGUGUUUUAACUAAAGAACAACUUGAUAUUAUUUUAAGACCUGAUGAAAUGACUACUCCAGGUAUUGCUGGUGCUGAAUUACUUCAUAAUAAGAAAUAA